AACAUGUUCUCUGAGAUUUUCCCAUUUGUCCUCCUGCUAUGCAGUGUAAGUGCAUCAGGACGAUUCGGCGACAUAAACAAAGUUCAGACCUCAGGAGCUUCAUGCCGAACAGCUAAACAAGACAAGCUGACAAUCUGUGGAGUCCAGGCUUCUGAGACUAUGGCGCAGACAGACCUAACAAGGAUGAACAGAUACAAGUCUAUAAUUCAGUCAGUGUCUCAGAAGAAAGGCAUGGAUGCAGCUUUAAUUGCUGGAAUCAUAUCUCGGGAAUCACGCGCCGGAAAUGUUCUUGUUAAUGGGUGGGGUGACCAUGGCAAUGCUUUUGGUCUCAUGCAGGUUGAUAAAAGGUUCCAUACAGUUACCGGGGCCUGGAACAGCGAAGAGCAUGUUACACAAGGAACGGACAUUUUGAUCGGCAUGUUUGACUCCAUCAGAAGAAAAUUUCCUACAUGGUCAACAGAACAGCAUCUGAAAGGUGCUAUUGCAGCAUAUAAUGCUGGUCCAGGAAAUGUCAUCAGCCUUGAUGUGGACACUCGCACUACAGGAAAAGACUACGCCAAUGAUGUUGUAGCUCGAGCAAAAUUUUAUAAAAAGAGGGGAUACUAAUUAACCUGGAUUUUUUUUUUCUGUGGUAUUAAAUGCUUUUAAUUCUGCAUGCUCUGUAGGAAAGGAAAUGGGCUUUCCUUCUAUCUACUAAUUUUGGAGAGUUUUCUGCUUUAUCAAGGUCAAACAUUUUAUAUUAUAAUGAAGUAGAUUCUGUACAUGUUAAAUGUGUUUUAUUUGGAGUAAAUAACUAACCUAAGACAA